AACUUCCUUGUUGCACUUGUUCUUUCCUAGGUCUUAGCGAGAAAAAGGAAACGCCCAUGUGUUGGCUAGAAAAGUAAAGUGACAGGAAGAAGCAAAUCACACAUGACAAGACCAACAACAGAAGGAUCCACUGAGCUUUUGACUUUUCACCAUGAAUGGGCUACAUUACCAAGGGUACAAAGGCGCCACAGAUGUGAACGAAAGGAGGAUUGUUCUGGUUGGGAAGACUGGAGUGGGGAAGAGCGCAGCAGGAAACACCAUCCUCGGGAGAGAAGCCUUCGAGUCAGACCUGUCUCCAUCUUCACUGACGGCUGAAUGCCAGAAAGCCAAAGGAGUCAUUGAUGGUCGAAAUGUCGCCGUUAUCGACACUCCGGGGCUGUUUGACACAAAUUUCACCCAAGAAGAAGUGUUGAAUAGGAUCAAGAUGUGCAUCUCUCUGUCUGCUCCUGGUCCUCAUGCCUUCCUGGUGGUUCUUCAACUGGGCAGGUUCACCCAGGAAGAGAAGGAAACAGUCAAGAUGAUUCAGACCACUUUUGGUGAAGAUGCAGCCAAAUACACCAUGGUGCUGUUCACACAUGGAGACCAGCUGAAGACGCAAACGAUUGAGGGCUUUAUUUCAGAGAGUCCUGACCUGAAAGUCCUCAUUAAAACAUGCUACAAUAGAUAUCAUGUUGUUAACAAUGAAAUCAAAGAUGCCCAACAAACCAGUGAGCUCCUGGACAAAAUUGACAAGAUGACUAUGGCUAAUGGUGGGAGCUACUACACCAAUGCAAUGUUCAUGAAAGCAGAGGCAGCCAUAGAGAAGGAGAAAGAGCGACUUCUGAAGGAGAUGGAAGCCCAGAGGCAGAAAGAGCUGGAUGAACUGAGAGCCAAAUAUGCAGGAAGGGAUGCAGGAAGGACCUACCACAGGGAGGAGAAGUGGGUGCAUAUGAGAUACGAGCACGAAGCCAGGUGUCGAGCCGAAAGAUCCAAUGAGUUCACCUCAGCACCAACAAUCGCUAUAGCAACCGCCUGCGGUGCUGCCAUCGGAGGCGUGCUUGGAAUCGCAGCAGGUCCACUCGGUUUGGCGGUUGGAGUUGCAGCUGGAGCAGCUGUUGGAGCUUCUGUUGGCGCUAUAGUAGUGAGAGUCUCAGAUCGCUGCAAUGUGCAAUGGUCUCGGAAGAGCGCCGAAGUCCGAAUGAUUUUGGUGGGGAAGACGGGAGGAGGGAAGAGUGCAGCGGGAAACACCAUCCUAGGAAGAAAAGCUUUUCAGUCUGAACUGUCUCCAUCUUCCUGGACAGCUCAGUGCAGAAGAGCUGAGGGGGAAGUGGAGGGCCGGAAGGUCGCCGUCAUCGACACUCCAGGCCUGUUUGACACAGAUGCCCCUGAAGAAGAAGUGCUGAAGAAGAUUAAAAGGUGUAUGUCUCUGUCUGCUCCUGGUCCUCAUGUCUUCCUGGUGGUUCUAAGGCUGGGGAGGUUCACUCCAGAGGAGGAGGACAGUGUGAGGGUGAUCCAAAAUAUGUUUGGUGAGAAUGCAGCCAAAUUCUCACUGGUGCUGUUCACACACGGAGACAAACUGAAGAAACACACUAUUGAAAGCUUUAUUUCAAAGAAUGAAAAACUCACAGAGCUCAUUCAGGCCUACUCCGGCAGAUACCACGUCUUCAACAACGAAGUGACAGACCAGCACCAAACCAGCCAGCUCCUGGAGAAAAUUGACAGGAUGAUUUUGGAGAAUGGUGGAGGCCACUACACUGCAGAGAUGUUCAGAAAGGCCAAAAAGGCUUCCAAGAAAGAGAAAAGACGACUUUCAAAGCAGCUGAAGGCAGCAGAGCAGCAGAGGAGGAGCAUCCUGGAGGCUGAAGUAGAGAGAGAAAUGAAUCUACCAGCUCAGAGAAAGAACCACGGAAAAUGUCUUGUUCAGUAGCAGACUGAGGGUCUUGUGGCUCCACAGAAGCAGGUUUACUUCAUAAUCUAAAUGUCAAUUAUCAGAGAAGGGUCACCCUGGACAGGAGGGGAAGUGCAGUAUUUCUGACUCAGAGAAGGUGUUUGGAACUGAAGUCAGAACGUACAACAGUUCACAGCAUUCAGAGUUUAGUAGGACAUGAUGUUUAAUGUUCACUGAUGUGCACGUCCUUGUGGAAGAAAUUAUUUAUGAUCUAGUUUAAAUACUUUAGUAUUCUGCAGUGUUUUGGUGUUAUACCACUGCUAUGGUUUAUCUGAUUUCCAAACCUGAAUGACAUGCUCGGCCCUCAGACUACAGCCAGCCUGCAGCAAAUGUUCAGAUUCUGAUUACAUAAACUAAUAUAUAUAGUGCUGUUAAAAAAAGGGUCUGAAACAGUGAAAAUAUGAAAAAUUCAUUUUUUUGCAUAUUUUCCCCAUUUUAAUGUUCAUCAAAGGAUCAUCAAACAAAUGUAAAUAUCAGACAAAGAUAACCAAAGUAAACACAAAAUGCAGUUUUUAAACAAUGAUUUUAUUUAUUAACGGGGAAAAAAACUCUGCAAAGGUCCCUGCUCCUGUGUGGAAAAGUAAUUGUCCACUAAACCUAAUAACUGGUAGUUUUUGGCAGCAGAUGAGCUGAACUGUGUUAACUGCUGGUUCCAGCUGAGAGGAGAAACGUCUGGACUCUGCUGCUACUUCAACUCACUGUGCUUUUAUGGCUGCUUAUAUUGUCCUUCAAAUAUUUGAUUCAGGUGUUUAUUUACUGAAAUAAAACUCUUACUUUUGUA